AUGGCCCCCUUGAUCCUGCCACCAGAAAUCUGCUCACUAAUCUGCACCUCUCCCCUGCUAUCCCACUCUGACCUCCUCGCCCUCUGCCAUGUCUCCCGGUCCUUCCGCGCCGAGGCCGAACGAAUCUUGUACACCUCCAUCAACCUCCCAACCCCCUCCCGACGCGCUCUCAACUCAUGGUGCACCUCCCUCGUCCGCCGCCCACAUCUCGGCGCCCGCAUCCACUCCCUUUCCCUCACCAUGCCCUCCCAAACAAGCCUCCAAGCAGACGACCUCACCCGCCUCACCCACGCCCUCCACCUCUGCAUCAACCUCCGCGACUUGACCAUAUUAGACGGUGAACCCCCGUUUCUCGGAAACGCAGUCCAUGCAUGGGUCCUCGAGGGCCACACAUUCGCCCUCCAAAAAUUCACAAACACCUAUUUCACCACAACUAUGCUCCGAGAUUUCCUGGAGGGCCAAAAGAGUCUGACCACCCUCUCUCACCGUCCCUCAUCCUCAACGCACCUCGUUCUCGGGACGAGGUUUCCACGCAGAGAGACCUUACCGAACCUCACCACCCUAAACACCAGCGCAGCCAUCAUAAGAGAACUAGCGAAGGUGGCUUCGGAGCCCUGGAAAAGCAUCAAACGACUGCAAUACUUUUUAGAAAACCCAAAGGAAGAAGACGAACUAGCGACGUUCGUAGCUCUGACCAGCUUUGGGCCCUUGGAAAGCCUAAGCAUCGAACGAUGGCAGGAGAAGACCCAGGUGGGGAUGGACGUAGCGAUCAUCGCUGCGUGCGCAGCUGCCCAAAUGCCUACCCUCAAAUACCUCAGGAUCAUGGAUUAUACAUGCCUAGUACGUCUUUUUAUCCCCUCCUCAAAACUUCUUAUUAACAAAAGUCACCUCCAGCAAACCGGCUACCAAGUCUCCUUCCUCCCCUUCCCAAUGCGUUUCACCCGCCUCCGAACCCUAGUCAUAAAACCUGCCACUGUCGUGAACCCCCUCUCAGACGCCUCCUCCCCAACAAGCGCUUACCCCGAUCUACUCCAACACGUUAGGCGCUUAGAAGUGGCUGAACGGAUUAUGAAUAACUUGCCAACGCUGGAAUUACUGAUUUUGAUACUUCCGGAGAAGAACUAUCGGUUCACGCGUGAUGAGGGAGCGGUUUGGUUGGUGCAGAACUUGAUUGAGGUGGAGGUGGAUGAUGAUGCGUGGAUGAAGGUUCGGUUGACGGAUGACUUGGAGUUGAAAAAGGAUGGAGACGACUUGGGCUGA